CGGCAAUAGUUCAAUAAACAGGUUUUCAGCAGCACAGCUUUGAUCAAAUUUCAAUAUGAAAGACCAAGAGGAGGUUGAAAAAAAGAAUAUGCUGAAAUUAAGAGAGCAACUUUACCGGUUGAUGAUAAGUCAACUGUUCUAUGACGGCCAUCUUGGCAUCGCAAUGGAGCUAACAAACUUGGUACGAGCGGACCCUCCGUGUGCACCAAGUGAUAGACUGAUGAACAUCGUCAAGCAGUCUAACCAGAUUGAACAGUCGAAACAAAGCAAUUUGUUCGACGAUCUUCCUUGCGGGCUAGAUCUGGAAUUCGAAACGGAAGGAUCAACGAUGGCCCCGGAGCCGGCGUCCUACGAGACGGCCUACGUAACCUCUCAUAAGCAGGCCUGUCGGGCAGGUUGCUUCAGCAUUGAUGGACAACUGGUGGCAACUGGUAGCGUUGAUGCCAGCAUUAAGGUGUUAGAUGUAGACCGCAUGCUUGCGAAGUCAGCUCCUGAAGACAUGGAACCGGGACGGGAACAGCAUGCCCAUCCGGUCAUCCGUACUCUGUACGAUCACACCGACGAAGUUUCAUUUUUGGAGUUUCAUCCAAAGGAACAAAUCCUGGCUUCUGGAUCGCGCGACCACACGGUGAAGUUGUUCGACAUCUCCAAGGCAUCGGUAAAGAAGGCGCACAAGGUGCUGAGUGACUGUAUUCCCGUUCGUUGCAUUGCCUUUCACCCAACUGGCGACUAUAUGGCAGUGGGAACCGAUCACCAUGUUCUUCGUAUGUACGACGUGCACACGGCACAAUGUUUUGUCAGUGCAAUUCCUUCCCAGCAGCACAAAAGUGCCAUCACGUGCGUGCGCUUCGCCGGUACGGCCAAAGUUUACGCCACUGGUAGCAUGGAUGGUUCUAUUAAAAUAUGGGAUGGUGUCAGUGGACGCUGUGUCAACACGUUCCAAUUAGCCCACGAUGGAGCUGAAAUUUGCUCGCUCGUUUUCACCAAGAACGGCAAAUAUUUACUGUCCUCUGGCCAAGAUUCGCUGGUAAGGCUGUGGGAGCUGAGCACCAGCAGAUGUCUAAUAGUGUACACGGGCGCUGGUACAUCGGGCAAACAAGAACAUCAAACGCAAGCCAUUUUCAACCACACCGAGGACUACGUACUCUUUCCGGACGAGGCCACCACAUCUUUGUGCGCUUGGAACUCCCGAAAUGCAUCUCGCUGCCAUUUGAUGUCCCUGGGACACAACGGAGCAGUUCGUCACAUUGUUCAUUCUCCUACAAAUUCCGCUUUUCUCUCUUGUUCCGAUGAUUUCAGAGCACGUUUCUGGGUUCGCCGAAUGAACACCCACUAAAAGCGUUUGACGGGAUCAUUAAAAUCAUACGGCUCUUCGUAAGCUGUACGCCUAUCAUUUAAUAGUUUAUAUAUUUUACAUAAACAUAUAAAACAUAAGAUGUAAACAUAUAAAACAAUACAUAUAUUUUAAUAAACCAUUUCAGUCAAUCGCA